AAAAAAAUUGUUAUUAUUUUAUGUAGUCACGAUUAUCAAAUUGGUAGUACUACGUGUUAUUAAUCUAGAAACAGAGUAUUAGAGUUUAUUUAUUUGUUAUAAUAAGGCUUUGGUAAGUUUAAUAAUCUAUAUAAAUAAAGUAUUACUAUUGGAUCGAUGAUAUGAGUGUUCGCAUAUAAAUUUUAUUUCUUUUUGAUUUAUUUGGUCAAACCCAUCUAAACGUUUAUCAUUUAUAAUUUUUUUUUUAAAGUGUGGUCGUUGCUUGAGGUUUGUUAUUGUUACUGAUAUAUGAAUACAUAUUUGAUGUAUCUAAUGUUGAAUAACAGCCAUUCUUUAUGAGCAAAAACUAAACAUUUCAGGGUUAUAUUUAUUCUUUAUAAAGAUGAAAGGUCUCCAUCUCUAUGAAGAUAUCUUCGCAAAACUUCUUCCUCAUCAAGAUAAGUACUAUUUAUUUAGUAUGUUUAGUAUUGUUUUGUGGUCAAUAGAAGUCAGAUUUGCUAUAUUAAUUUUGUAUAUAUCCACUGAUUUUUUGGUUGAGAAAACUAUUAUUGGAAAAUCAAUGGGACAUUAAGUAAUAUAUAAAGGGUUAGAGUCAAUCCACUAAUUGUCAAUUGGUUUUGAGUUGGAAGUCCAUAAUAAAUCCGAAUCUAACAUGGUAUCAGAACCCAGAUCUUAAUAAGUUGAACCCCUAAUUAAUAUUAACCCUACCCGACCAGGUAUAUAGGUCGUAAUUGACUCGCUCGACCGAGUAUAACUGUCUUAAAAAGUUUCUGAGAUUUCUGGUCGAUAAGAACCAUCAUAUCGAGGAGGGGUAUUAAGGGAUAUGUAUCCCACAUUGAAAAAUCAAUGAGACAUUAAGUAAUAUAUAAAAGGUUAGGGUCAAUCCACUAAUUGCCAAUUAGUUUUGAGUUGGAAGCCCAUAAUAAACCCGAAUCUAACAAAAACUGAUCUAAAAGGAAAAUAGAAAAAUAAAUAUAAUGAAAAUAAUUAGUGGCAUGAUAAUAACGAGUUAGUGCUUGGCAUGAUAGAAUAUAUAGUUCAAUGGUAUGAUAAUAACGGAUUAGUGCAUGCUGUUAAAUAAUUAGGUUAUUAUUACUUAUAGAAUGCGUAGUUUGAUCAUAAAUUAAUAUCAUAUUAUUCUGUCAUCACUUCUGAGAAGGUUUUAAUAUCGGGUGACCAUAAAUCCACCAUAUGAUCACGAAAUGUGAUAAAGCUCGCUAUCAUUAACUAAUCUAAGAAUAAAUGACCUAAAGUCUGUAAAUAAAACCAACUAUGUUGGAUUUCUUGAAAAAAAUUGAUUUUUUUAUGAUGUAUAUAUAUUUGAAAAUAUAUUUUUCACACGAUUAAUGUUGUCCGGCAGACACAUGAUUAAGAAAAUAGAUUAAAGAAGUUUAUACUUGUAUCCUGUCUCUUUGAGACUAAGAAAAAUAAUGAGCUAUUGACGUAAGAUAAUAAAUCAAGUCUAGUUGAUUAUGAUCCAUUCUCCUGAAGAGAAUAUGAUAUUUAUACCACAAAUAGUAUUGUUCAAGAAAAUGAACCUAAAAGUGGUGGUAGACGUGAAUGUGGAUAUAAAGGUCAAGAUCCAAAUAGUUUUCUUUUUAGAAUUCAUACUCUCGCUUGGAGUUAAGAAAAUAUAUAUGGUAAUAAAAAAAUAGAUAUGAUUCAUUCAUCUAAAGGUGAAAUAAAAUUAUUGUGAGUAUAAUGUCUUGCGGCAUCAAGAUUAUGGGAAGCUCUAGAGGAGCAGAUACAUGCUUGCUUAUGGGAACGCAACUUAAAAUCAUUGAUUCGUUAUACUUUUCCAAGUCUCAAAGAUCAAAAAGAUCUAAGAUAUAACACAUGACCUUAAGUUGGGUAUGUUGUUGAUUAUAAAGUGAGAUUCAAUUCCAGAUAUAUGAAUUUGGAGUAUCAUUAUCUCGAGGGAAAGAUUAGAUAAUCUCACGUCCCUAGUAAUUAGAACAUCCAGAAAUAUGUUCACACUGGAAAUAGACUUAAGGAGUCAUUUAUAAAAUAAAACUACGAGAUUUAUAAUCUAGUAAUGUUGUGAGAAUAAGUAAAUGGAAAUGUUGAAUACCUUCAAACAGAAGUAUUACGCAAAACACUAUUGUAUUACACAGUGAUUAGAAAAUGGAGAUAAAUGUAGAAGUAAACCAGAAGUUUACUCAAAAUGUAAUGUUUGGCAAACCGAUUAUGCCAUUCCGGUUUAGUAAUGAUGCGAAAGAUAAUCAUAUGAACAUUUGUUGAAGAACUAUAAGAUUCUUACGAAUGAUUUGCUAUAUGUUGCUUGCUUACAAGGCAAUAUAAGAAUACAGUUUUCACCAGUCAAAUAGAUUUAGAAUUUAUUUAUACAAGGAGAUGUUUGUGGGCUUGAUCACCCACUGGUGGACUGAUCAUCCACCAUAUGUUUAUAAUUAAUGCAUCGACAAGAGGGUCGUAUGUAUCCUUGUCAUAGAUCCGCAACCUGAUGUUUGCAAGAUUUAUUGGUAAUAAUGGUGAAGUCACAAGCCUUUGAUAAUUAUUUUAUGCAUGUUGAGAUACAUGAUGAACAUGUUGUAGCUAAUGUUCAUAUGUAAGAUGCAUCAGCAUUGAUUCGCAUAAUGCCAAAAGUAAUUAAGAACUCUCCCCAUCAAAUAGGCUAUGGGUCAGGAAUCAAAGAUUCCAUCUAGAAAAUUUGGAUAAGUUGUAGUUGCUCCACCACACCGCUAAAGAUGGGACCUCAAAGGAGGUUAUAAAUAUGUUGGGAUAUGAUCUCCAUUGAUUAUAAGAUUUAAUUAAAGUCUCAAAGUUAGUCUACCCAACAUUAGGGGGAGAAAAAUAAACAGCUGGAGAAUGAAUGAGUUGAAUGAAUUAUCAAUGAUCCUCGGACUAAAGAGCGUGAAUAAAAGUCCAAAACUGAAUGAUGGAGAUAAUUCUAUUAAAAAGAUUAGCAUAUGAGUUGCCAGACUCAUUUACUGACAUUAAGGAAGUGAUUAAGUCACAAGUAUCAGCCGUAAAUGCUCAUGUUUAAAUGGAUGUCCUAGAAGGACAAUAUCAAACUGCUAAUGAGUCUAAAAAUCGCCUGAAGCGUGAUAGACCUAUCAGUUCCAAAUAUAAAAAUCCUCUGAAAAGAAAAAGAACAUGAAUGAGAAUGGCAAAAUCGAAGAAUGAAAUAUUAAAGAGCUCGAGAAGAGAUAGAAAACAUGACAAGAAAAAAAAGAUUCAGGUACAUGAGAAUAAAGAAAUCUCAAUAGCUAUGUCAUGUCUGGAAAAAUAUAGAACUGAUAUCAAAUCGACAUCGUAAAUAUAUAUGCAUGCAAUAUAGCAGUUGAUGAGAAUGAGGAUCAUGAACCAUCUAUUGAAAAGUGUACACAAAGUAAUGAUUGGCCAAGAUGGAAAUAAGCAAUAGAUGUGGGAUUAAAUCUCUUGGAAAGAGAGAGUAUUUGGACUAGUAGUCCAUACACCUAAUGGUGUAAAACCAGUGGCACAUAAAUAGGUCAUUAUGUGAAAGAAUGAAUGAGAUGAUGAAAAGUUAUGAGAUGCAAAAGAGUAGUUGCACAAGACUUCUCACAAAGACCUGAAAUUGCUAUAAGAAACACAUCAUGUGGUGGAAGCAUCAACUUUCAAGUUUCUUUAGUCUGGCAAGAAUUGAAAGCCAUUGGAAAAUGAUAAUUAUGUCAAUGCUUCAAAAGAAUAUAAACUGUAAGAAGCAGUAACCCCAUAAGGAUUUGAACUGCUAGGAGCAGUAAAUGCUAGUUUUCGAGAACAUUACCGCGCAAGUAUGUUGAGCAUAUAAAAGAAAGAAAAAGUAUUGGUCAUGAAGUACCAUGAUAUUGGAAAUUUACUGAUCUCUUUCAUGAUUGAAAGAUGUGAUUUUGUAUGACAAGAGGGAUAGUCAUACUUGUAACUUUCACAAGAAGCAAAAGCAUAACUCGUAUGUAUAAGUAUGCAUAAUGUGAAUGUUUAGAAAAUUGUCUAUAAAAGGAAAUAUGUGCAUGGAUUCCAAAUAGGCCAAGAUAUGACAUUUUGUGGGAACGAGAGGCUAUGAGCUACAAGCCUAAUGGUCUAAGAGAUUAUCUGAAAAUCAAACGAGUCUAUUCAUUGAGAAUAUGUUUAUAUCCAUUCCUAAAAGGAUAAUAUGUAUGAUGAUAAUACAUCUCCCAAAGAUGAUGCUUCCAGGGGGAGAAUAUGAUGAUGCGUGUGGUUGUACUCUUUUUCCUUAUCAUUGGUUUUGUGCCACUGGGUUUUCCAUGUCAAGGUUUUAACGAGGAAACAAAUAACACGCUAAUGAUAGACACCUAAAGAGGAAUUUCAUCAAUCUUCCAAAGUAUUUUUCGAGAUUUAAGAAGCGGGAGAAAAUGAGAUAGAUCAAUCAUAAAUGAAGAAGAAUAAAGAGAUGAACGCAUUCCAUUCGUGUAACAGAAUCAAAGGUCGAAAGUUUUCCAAUCAAAGGAGACCUUCUUGAUGGAAUUAAAAUAUAAAAUUGGUGUCCAUAGAAAUAUCUUUGAGUCUACUUUCAUCUCCAAUUUUAAUCAAGUCAUUCUUCAUGAUAUAACUUGAGAUAUGGCUAUUUUCGUGGGACACGUACAAGCUGUCUCAGAAUACCUAAUAUCGUAUGAUAUUCAAAAUACCGCUCGAUAUUUUCAUCUUACCAGAGCCAGAUCGGUGUCUAAAGUUAGACAUGAAUGUUAGCUUCAAUUUCCAAGUGGUUUCACCAAGAUAUUCAAGUUUUAGUGAGGAGUGUCAAAUCUGCCAAGAGAAGUGAACCGGUUCAAACCCAAGACGAAUGAAUUAAUUCAUCACAUUAGAUUGUGUCCUAUCAGCUAUAUCAAGUUAUGUUCUCAUCAGGAGGAGUAGAUGCGCGCUGCACUCUUUUUUCCUUAACCAUGGUUUUUCCCACUGGGUUUUCCUGGUAAGGUUUUUAAUGAGGCAGCAUUCUACGUAGUGUUGUCAAACGGGUUGUUCCGUCCCGUCCCGGCGGGUCAGGUCCGCGCGGGCUGCGGUCUCUAAAAGCACUCUUUCUUGUGGGUUACGGCGGGUCAGGCCCGCGUGGGCUGCGGUCUCUAAAAGCUCGCCCAAUCCUGCCCCGCCAAAAUGCACAGUCCUUUACAGGUCGUCCCGCGGGCUGAGAGCCAAAAAGUGCACCAAGCGACUCUUAGCGCUGCAUGCUGCUCCAGGACGCUACAGGCUGCUCCAUGACAAUUCUUGAUGCUGCAUGCUGCUCCAGGAGACCAUGACGCUUCAUCUACAUGUUAAAGCUGUACGAUUCAUGCUUUUAUACUACAUAUCUAACUUCAUAUCAGUUCUUGAAGUCAUGUACACCCGACACAAACAAGCUCGAGUUAUUGGAACUGGAGGGUCUGUAUUAAGAAUGCAAUUUCAGUUCAGUUCAUAUCAAUUCUCUACUAAGAUUGUAUGUAUUAGAUGAGAAUCUGUAUCAAGUCAUAACCAAAUCUUAAAGUGCAACAAAUAACUAAGCUACCAGAGACUCGAUCGAGAGUCUUGUCUUAACUUCACAGCGGAUUUUGCGGCGUAGCUAAUGAACAAUCACCCUUCAUUCCUUUGAAUGAUGUUUCAUAAGCUACGCUGCGAAAAUCCACUGAACUAGUCAAGACAAGUAAUCUCAACUUCAAACAACAACUACCUAAACAUAAAUAAGCUAACAGAGACGCAACAUCAGAGACAGAACACCAUACAUGUUCAGUGCAGAGGAAAAGAAGAUGAACCAGUUGAGUCUUUGUUCACAAUCACUCCAUCACCUCGUCACAUACAACAAAGAAAGACAAAAGACUCAUCAGAUAUGUAAUAUCACAAUUUCAAUACCAAAGUCAUGUCUUAACUUCGCAAUUUCACAAUUUCAAACAACAAUUAGAGAUCAAGCAAACCGAGAUAGAGGCAGUUGAAACUAAACAUCAAACAACAGUCUAUGUAGAUCAUCUAUAAUCAUCGUACUAAGACUCUGUCAUUUUAUUUGCAUGCAUGUAGAACGAGGAAGAAGGGAAGCGAAUCAUACCCUUGGAGGUCGCUUUGUAACUCGAAGUCGAACCGGUGGUGGAUCGAAGCAGAGAACCCACGUUACCCACCUGAAAACGAGUAAAAAUGUUAAAGCCCAAAAAAAAAAGGGUAACUACAUAGAUCUUUCUUUACCUGCGACAUGCAUGCGGUCACCGUCGUUGAAGAAACCAUCACCGGAGAUGGAUUUUGGUCUACGGUGGAAAGGGAGUUUGCUUGUUGUGUCGGUCCCUUCUAAAUUAGAUCGAGUUGGUGUUUGAAACUUUUUUUUUUUUUUUCGUUGUCACCGUGCUUCUGUCAAAAAUCUAAAAAUUUAGUAAUAAUAUCUGUAUAUUUUUACCAAAAAUUUUAAAAAUAUUUUUUUGCCACCCAAACAUGCUCAAAACAUACAAAAGCAAUGUUCUUCGUUUUUUCCAACAAAAUGUUUUGUUUUGAACAGGACUAAUAUAGUACAUCAUAACUUUUACAGCAAAUUUUUUUUUGAGAUUUUCCAAUUCAUUUUUUGAAAACAAUAAACGUAUAUAUUUUGUAUUAAACCAAAAAUAAUUUUUGUUUGGGGGUGUGUUUGAACGAUAGAAAAUAAUAAUAUCUUUGAUCUACUAAUAUACAUACACAUCCAAAACUCAAAAACUAUGAAAUUAAAUAAACCUCCACUGCUUUGUUCUUCUUCGUCUUCCUUGCUCUGCGCCGACCCUCGUUCUCUCUGUGAAACUCUCUCACCGUAUAGACCCAUUCCUCGCAGGGUAAAGGUUUCAUCCUCCACUUUGGCCAAUGCAAAGUUUGUAACUUUGAAGUCUUUUGCAGCAAAGUUUCACCUGUGUUCUUCCAUGGCCACCUCUGAUCAUCCCCGCUCUCGCCACCACCGAGACGAAUCCCCUACAAAACCGAACAAGAAGAAGAAGGCAAGCCACAACCAAGAAAAGAACCUCCUUGUCAGUCUCCAUUCAUGUUCAAAGUCCAAAAACCUCUCAGCUGCGUUAUCUCUUUACGACGCAGCCAUCGCUUCCGGCGACGUCAGACUCAGCCAGCAACACUUCCAGUCCCUUCUCUACCUCUGCUCAGCUUCCCUUGGCGACCCAUCUCUUCAGACCCUUGCCAUCAACCAUGGCUUCCAGGUUUUUGAACGUAUGGUUAGCUCAGGGAUAAGUCCUAACGAAGCAUCUGUUACUUCAAUGGCUAGACUAGCUGCUGCCAAGGGGGACGGUGAUUAUGCAUUCAAGGUUGUCAAAGACAUUGUUGCUGUUGGCGGCGUGUCUGUCCCGCGUCUGAGAACUUACGCUCCGGCUCUGCUCUGUUUCUGCGAGAGGUUGGAGGCCGAAAAGGGGUAUGAAGUCGAAGAGCACAUGGAGGCUUCAGGCAUCGCCUUGGAGGAGGUGGAGAUCUCGUCUUUGCUUAAAGUAAGCGCUGCCACGGGAAGAGAGAACAAGGUUUAUAGAUAUUUGCAUAUGUUAAGGGAAUGUGUUGGCUUUGUUAGCGAAGAAACUUCAAAAGUUAUUGAGGAAUGGUUCUCUAGUGAGAAAGCUAGCGAGGUUAGUGGGAUUGGUUCUGAUGUUGAGUUGCUUAGAGCAGCUGCUUUGAAGAAUGGGGGUGGGUGGCAUGGUCUUGGUUGGGUUGGGGAAGGCAAAUGGAUUCUGAAGAAAGGUAACGUUAGCGCUGAUGGAGAAUGUUUGAGCUGCGGUGAGCAUUUGGCUUGUGUUGAUACCAAUGAGUUAGAGACUGAGAAUUUUGUGAACUCUUUGGUGGCUUUGGCUGUGGAGAGGAAGGCGAAGAUGAAUUCGUCUGAGCCAAUGGAGGACUUCAGCGAGUUUCAGGAGUGGCUUGAAAAGCAUGGAGAUUAUGAAGCUAUACUAGAUGGAGCAAACAUUGGGCUCUACCAACAAAAUUUUGUAGAUGGUGGUUUUAGUCUACCACAGCUUGAAGCUGUAGUGAAGGAGCUUUACAAUAAAAGUGGUAACAAAAAAUGGCCGCUGAUUCUCUUGCACAAGAAACGGGUCAAUGCGCUUUUAGAAAACGUUAAUCACCGGAAUGUGGUGGAAGAGUGGAUUAGUAAUGAUGUUCUAUACACGACUCCACCAGGUUCUAAUGAUGAUUGGUAUUGGCUCUAUGCUGCUGCUAAAUUCAAGUGCUUGCUUGUGACUAAUGAUGAGAUGAGAGAUCACAUUUUUGAACUAUUAAGUACCAGUUUUUUCCAAAAAUGGAAACUAAGGCAUCAGGUUCGGUAUACAUUUGUGAAAGGAAGUCUAAAGCUUGAAAUGCCACCUCCUUUUUCGGUUGUGAUCCAGGAAUCGGAGAAAGGUUCAUGGCACGUUCCGAUCACGUGCAAAGACGGUGAGGAGUCUUUAAGAAACUGGAUAUGCGUUACGAGACAGAGUUGAUAGAGAGAUUCACUCGAUGUUGUUGUAUUUUUUGCUAUAUUUGUAUACGUCAGCAUCAUUUUUGACCAUGCAAACAAUCAGAACCUUUGUCUUAUUCUUAAAAGUUGUUUUGUGGUUCAAAUUUACGAACCAAAACGAAACUGGUGCAAGUUUUUAAUUUUUGAGUCGGGAAAAAUGCCAAUUUCACCAUAAA